GGGCGGGGAGGGUGGCGCGGCUGGGGCGAGUCGAGCUCUUGGCUAGAUGAGCGGACGCAGCCCCACGCCCGAGGCCAUGCAGGUAGGUGGCCGCCGUCGGCCCCGCUUGAAUUUGGAUCCCAGAACCUGGCCCGGCGCUCGGGCCCAAGCUUAGUGCUACGCUGGCGUGAGGGCCGCCCGACCCAAAGCGAAACCGAAAACCCUACGGUGGCCAUGACCGGUAGGGCCCGCAAAGAGGCGGUGCAGGCCGCGGCCCGGGAACUCCUCAAGUUCGUGAACCGGAGUCCCUCUCCUUUCCACGCCGUGGCCGAGUGCCGCAGCCGCCUCCUCCAGGCUGGCUUCCAUGAACUCAAGGAGACGGAGAGCUGGGAUAUCAAGCCGGAGAGCAAGUACUUCAUGACUAGGAACUCCUCUACCAUCAUUGCUUUUGCUGUGGGGGGCCAGUAUGUUCCUGGGAAUGGCUUCAGCCUCAUUGGAGCCCACACGGACAGCCCCUGCCUCCGGGUGAAACGUCGGUCUCGGCGCAGCCAGGUGGGCUUCCAGCAGGUUGGUGUGGAGACCUAUGGUGGUGGGAUCUGGAGCACCUGGUUUGACCGGGACCUGACCUUGGCUGGACGAGUCAUUGUCAAGUGCCCUACCUCAGGUCGUCUGGAGCAGCGCCUGGUGCACGUGGAGCGGCCCAUUCUGCGCAUCCCGCAUCUGGCCAUCCAUCUGCAGCGAAAUAUCAAUGAGAACUUUGGGCCCAACACAGAGAUGCACCUAGUCCCCAUUCUUGCCACAGCAGUCCAGGAGGAGCUGGAGAAGGGGACCCCUGAGUCAGGGCCUCUCAGUUCUACAGACGAGCGGCACCACUCAGUCCUCAUGUCCCUGCUCUGUACCCAUCUGGGGCUGAGUCCCGAGGACAUAGUGGAGAUGGAGCUCUGCCUUGCUGACACCCAGCCUGCGGUCCUGGGUGGUGCCUACGAUGAGUUUAUCUUUGCUCCUCGGCUGGACAAUCUGCACAGCUGCUUCUGUGCCCUGCAGGCCUUGAUUGAUUCCUGCGCAGCCCCUGCCUCCCUGGCCAUGGAACCUCACGUGCGCAUGAUCACACUCUAUGACAAUGAAGAGGUAGGGUCUGAGAGUGCCCAGGGAGCACAGUCAUUACUGACAGAGCUGGUGCUGCGGCGGAUCUCAGCCUCAUCCCAGCACCUGACGGCCUUCGAGGAAGCCAUCCCCAAGUCCUUCAUGAUCAGUGCAGACAUGGCUCAUGCUGUGCACCCCAACUACCUAGACAAGCAUGAGGAGAACCACAGGCCCUUAUUCCACAAGGGCCCUGUGAUCAAGGUGAACAGCAAACAACGUUAUGCUUCAAAUGCGGUUUCAGAGGCUCUAAUCCGAGAGGUGGCCAACAAUGUUGGGGUGCCCCUGCAGGACCUCAUGGUCCGGAAUGACUCUCCCUGCGGUACCACCAUUGGACCUAUCUUGGCUUCUCGGCUAGGGCUGCGGGUGCUGGAUUUAGGCAGCCCCCAGCUGGCCAUGCACUCUAUCCGGGAGACGGCCUGUACCACAGGAGUCCUGCAGACCCUCACCCUCUUCAAGGGCUUCUUUGAGCUGCUACCUUCUCUGAGUCAUAACCUCUUAAUGGAUUGAGGCUUCUUGGAAAGACUUGUCUUCCACUGCUAUGCAUACAAGAGGGGAUGUUCUCAGCUGAGCUGAAGCUGGCUUAUUAAAGUGGGUUUUUCACUGAAA